AUGGCAACUCUCAGCGACGACGACGUUGAGAAGCUCUUCUCUGGAGCUCCUCAGUACUUUGCUCGCUCCGAGGGCCAUUACACCGGCGCUCCCCACCCAUCUGUCGCCUUUCCCUGGGACGAGUCGCUCGAGAUCCGCGACCUGACCGACCAUGUCCAGAUCGAGGACGCCGCCUGGAGCUGCAUUACAGCCUGGCCUCACAUCACAAGGGACAUGAAUUCCAAUCCUGCUGCUAUACGAUGCGCCAAGGAAAGGAAGCGAGCCCACUUCUACCCACGAUGCCGAGAACGGCCUAAUAUGCUCAGUAUGCAAGGUUUGGAGAAGGGCACAAUGGGAUACCAGGCGGCUCUAGAGAUGCCCGUUGGCGAUGCGCUUCAGGAAGAGCAGUUUGGCUUCGACAGCAUUGGAUCCAAGGCCAAAGCGAUUGUCGAGCAGCGCCAGAGAAUGUUGGCUUCCAAAGACGGACUCCGCCGCUUGGAGGAAUCGUCCAUUUUGGAUCAGCUCAUUAAGAAUGGCGCCAGGUACAAGGAGAACAAGGUCCACAGAAAGAUCCACAACACCCUGUACAACGAGCUAUUCUUGGGCAUCCUGCAUCCUCCGACCCGUGUCAUUGACCACCACGACCCCUACAGCCUCUCUGUACAGAUCUCGGCGCUUGUCAAGGUCCUUGCUGCACCCAACGUCUGGAUCGACUUCUCCCACGUGGAAUGGAGAAUCAGACUGGGUCAGAUACUCUGGGGUUCUUUUGAGGGCGAUGAGCUCGAAACAGACGUCGAGAUCGACGACGCCGACAGCAACGAUGAGCGCAAAGAGGAGAGAUACUGGCUGCUGCUCCAGAUUCUCCUGGCAUGUGAGCUGCUCAUUAGGCUAGAUGCCAUUACAGAGGGCGAAGAGCUCGGUAUCGAGAGCAUCAGACCCACCGAGAUUAAGCGCUUCGAAAAAGAUGCAAACUCAACAGUCAAGUGGUCAUUGCACUUGGCACGCGCUUGGCUGGAGAACAUUGAAAUCAUUGAGCGAAAGGUCGAUCCGGCGAAUACUCAAAAGCGCAAUUCUGGCGGAUGGCUGGCAUCUUUGACCGGGAAGAUGAGCCUCCACCCAAAUAGCCAUGCUCAUUCACACGGCGACGUCUCCGUGUACACCAUUCAGGGACGGUACAGCGAGAGACAAGUCAAUGGCUUGACAAAUUUUGCAAGAAAGCUUCGCUGGCCCGAUAUCGAAUCAGACACAUACGCCGAGCAGAUUUCUGAGACAGUCAACAAGGUAUCAGAAGCAACGCCGAUUCACACGCCAGCAGAGACACCAAUGAGUAUCGAUACAAAGAGAUCAUCUUAUUUCGGUGGCGGUCGGACAGAAGCGAGCGUUACUCGACAUCCGUCCGGAAAACACAAGAUCUCGGCAGCUUUGCAUCCAUCGGGAUGGCUAUCCAAAUCUUAUGUGUCCGGCCUCAUGCUUCCGGGCGAAGGACUGUACCACUUGAUCAUGACCACUCUCUUGGAGAACGACAAGGAGGCAAUGUCCAAAUUGGGCCCGAUGGCGAACCUAUGCGGUGGUUUCGUGUAUCGUGGAAAGAGUUUUUGGAGCACUGCUUGCAUUAUUGGCCGCGUUCUGGCUGCUGGUGCUGGCUCUGCUCAAUGCAUGGGAUGGAUCUCGAGCGAUAUCACUCCCCAAGGACAUGGUGACGGCUGGGUGAAUAUCGAUGUUGCCGAAGUCUGUGAUGACAUGAAAAAGACAGGCAAGCAAGCCCGAUUGUGGGGUAAGACUCACGUCGAGCGCGAGUCCUGUGUUCUGGGUGAUGCGGAUCCCAGCUCGGUGCUACCCGCGGAUUUCAUCAUCCCUUAUGAGAAUAACUAUGCGGAGCCGCCUCCCAGCUUGAGCAUUUCCUUGACGUCGCUCAAUUUGUCCGCGCCCGUGGACUCGGCUCGCACCACCCCGACUGAAGAGACGGUGAUGACACCCUUCUCGGACGUGACCCGAGCUCACGAACUCUACACAUAUCCGGCCUCCAUCUCCUUUUCUGUUGGCCCCAACGGCGGCGAAGCAAAGGAGCACCAAUUUUCCCUGACGAAGGACAUCCAUUUUGUCACGGCUCACCCUUGCCACCCAUCUUCCCACGUCAAGGUCUUGAGGUCCCCUUCAAGCCCCACCAUCCAGCAGAUCGACGUGGACGGUAGCGGCAUCGGCGGUGUGAGCUCUAAGCCGGCCACCAUCACGGAGCUUCUCGAGAAGCCGGACGCCUCCCUAGACAGUUUACUCCUCAACACGUCAUCCGUCCGGCGUCCAUCUCUCACUCCCACCAUGAACACCACACCUCGCGUUCUGGUCAUUGACUGCAUCACGGGCUUCAGGCGUCAAGCCCCGACGCAGGAGACCCCCACGUCUCCCAUUCUCGAACGUACCGCCAACGGUGCCAGCCUUGCGACGACCAACAUGCACCUUGAGUCCCGGCGUCGCCAGUUUGGAAGCGACAUGGAAGUCCUGGUGAGAGCGUUCUGCGCAGAGAAGGGCUGGAAUGCCAUCAUCUCGAGGCGCCGGCGGGGUUGCCUGGCAUGCGCCAUCAGAGAGGCUGGCGCUCUGGCUUGGAAGGUCAUCAUCCGCGUUGACUAG